AUGCAAUCUUUUGGAUUUUACUCCAAAUUCUGUAAUUGGAUUGAAGUGAUCCUUAAAUCUGCCAAAUUAUCUAUUUUUCUAUAUAUGGUAAAGCUGCGUGUUUCUUUUCUUGUAAGAGAGAGGCAAAGGACAAUAGUCUUUGGCGCAUUGGCAAAGGUGACAAGAUGGAUUGUUCCUCACACUAUCAAGCAAGCUUACCCGGGUAUCACCCAGAUUUUGCAUGACGCUAUCAUUCUUCAAUUUGAGUCUCAACAUCAUUUCAUAUGGAAGCUUUCCACUAAUGGAACUCCUACUUUUAGGUUUGACUCUUGGCUAACAUUCACUUUUAUGAAUAAUUGA